CCGUUAGAUGGCGCUGCGCUCGCGUUCCUAGUUGCCACGUCACCCGUCAACCCGUCAGCGUCUAAACAGUAAAGAUGGCGGCCUCCAUCCUGGAAAAGCAGGCAGCUGCCUUGAAGCGCAUGCUAAACUUUAAUGCACCACCUCUAAAAAACACAGCAGUUGAACCAGUAUGGAAGGUACUUAUUUAUGAUCGCUUUGGUCAAGAUAUCAUCUCUCCACUUCUCUCUGUGAAAGAGUUAAGAGACAUGGGAAUCACUCUUCACCUCUUAUUACACUCAGACAGAGAUCCUAUACCAGAUGUUCCUGCCAUUUACUUUGUGAUGCCGACAGAGGAGAACAUAGACAGGAUAUGUCAAGACCUGCGAAACCAACUCUAUGAGGCAUACUACCUGAACUUUAUUUCUGCGAUCUCCAGAAGUAAACUGGAAGACAUAGCAAGUGCAGCUCUUGCCGCAAAUGCUGUGACUCAGGUGACCAAAGUGUUUGAUCAGUAUCUGAACUUCAUAACACUAGAAGAUGACAUGUUUGUUCUCUGCAAUCAAAAUAAAGAACAGAUCUCCUAUCAUGCAAUCAAUAAACCAGAUAUUAUGGACACCGAUAUGGAAGCUAUAAUGGACACCAUUGUUGACAGUCUCUUCUGCUUUUUUGUGACACUUGGUGCUGUUCCAAUAAUCAGAUGUCCAAGAGGAAACGCAGCUGAAAUGGUAGCUAUGAAACUUGACAAGAAACUAAGAGAGAAUUUGCGAGAUGCUCGUAACAGCCUGUUUACUGGUGAUACAUUGGGCACGGGCCAGUUUAGUUUCCAGAGGCCAUUAUUUGUUCUUGCUGACCGCAACAUGGAUCUUGCCACCCCUCUUCAUCAUACAUGGACCUACCAAGCUCUCAUUCAUGAUGUCUUGGACUUCCAUCUAAACAGGGUGAGUCUAGAGGAUUCUGUGGGAUCAGAAGUUAGCCCAGCAGGAGCACGGCCCAAAAAAAGGAAUAAAAAGAGCUAUGAUCUCACUGCUGCCGACAAGUUUUGGCAGAAGCACAAAGGAAGCCCAUUCCCUGAGGUUGCCGAAUCAGUGCAGGAAGAGUUGGAUACGUACAGAGCCCAGGAGGAUGAGGUUAAGCAUCUCAAGAGCAUUAUGGGCUUAGAAGGGGAAGAUGAGGGAGCCAUUAGCAUGUUGUCAGAUAAUACGGCCAAACUUACCUCAGCUGUCAGUUCUCUUCCAGAGCUUUUAGAAAAGAGACUAAUUGACCUCCACACCAAUGUUGCUACAGCUGUUUUGGACCACAUUAAGUCCCGUAAACUGGAUGUAUACUUUGAGUAUGAGGAGAAGUUGAUGAGCAAGUCUACUCUGGAUAAAUCCCUGCUGGACAUUAUCAGUGACCCUGAUGCUGGAACUCCAGAGGAUAAGAUGAGACUUUUCCUGAUCUACUAUAUCACCUCCCAACAGCCUCCAUCUGAGGGUGAUCUUGAGCAUUAUAAAAAGGCUUUGAUUGAUGCUGGCUGUGAUCUCUCCCCCUUGAACUACAUAAAGCAGUGGAAAGCUUUUACAAAGAUGGCUGCUGCACCAGCCAAUUACGGUAACAGUGGUGUGAAACCAAUGGGCCUUUUCUCUAGAGUCAUGAACACCGGCUCACAAUUUGUAAGAGGUGUGAAGAAUCUGGUCUUGAAACAACAUAAUUUGCCAGUCACUCGGAUCUUGGACAACCUGAUGGACAUGAAAUCAAAUCCGGAAACGGAUGACUACAGAUAUUUUGACCCAAAAAUGCUUCGUGGCAGUGAAAGUUCCAUCCCACGGAAUAAAAAUCCUUUUCAAGAGGCCAUUGUGUUUGUUGUUGGUGGGGGUAACUACAUUGAAUAUCAAAAUCUUGUUGACUACACAAAGACCAAGCAGGGGAAAAAGGUGAUUUAUGGCUGCAGUGAACUGUUUAGUGCAGUGCAGUUCCUGAAACAGCUGUCUCAACUUGGGCAGAAGUAGGUCUAACCUUGGAAAACCAGUUUUUCCUGCUUUCAAAUUGACUGUCAAUUCCUCUUUAUUUCUACAUCAUUGUCCUUCUAACAACUAAAUUGCUAAUGUUCAAUAUACUUUGUAAUGUUUAGCAUACGGUUAUUUAAUUAAAUGAUUAAUACCACUGUCAAUAAAGUUUGAAUCUUUCACAACA